CUCUGCUUUCCUCUUCGUUUUGGUACCAAUAUAUAUAUAUUUUUUUUCCGGUUUCAAUUUCAAUUUCAAUUUCAAUUUCAAUUUCAAAACCCUCUCCCCAAAAUCGGCCUCCAAAUCGGUCCCAAAGCUCCCUCCUUUCUGGGUUUCACUGUCCUGAUGAGCUAGGGAUUCAUCGGCUUCAUCAAAGUAGCAGAUGAAACAAUGAGAGGGGCAAAAUCAUCAAGAGUCUUUCCUGGGCUUGGAAGAUGUUCUGGGAAAACGCCUGUAGAAAGUUGCAAGGUUAAUAAGGGUGUUAGCAAAGUUGAGAUCAUCGAUCUUGACGACGAUGAUGAUGUCAUUGACAUCGAUGAUAUCGAGCAGCCACAAUCUCGAGGUUCCAGUACAUUGAGACAAAACAGAGAAUUUAGUACUGUCAUUGAUAUAGAUGAUGACGAUGAUGCAAGUAGUGACACCGAUACCGUAAUUUCUGUUGAAGAGGUUGGGGACCUGGACAGUGAUGCCACCUCUAGCAAAAGUUGGUUCCCCACUUCUAACUAUAGGCGGAGUUCCUUACGCUCAGAUGGAGAUGAAUGUGAAGUUGUCCAGGAAAAGGGUUUUCCAUCCAAGGGGUCAAAAGGCAAGCAAACCCAUUCUGGGACAGCUCCCCGUAGAUAUGGUUAUGGUUUAUAUUCUGAGUCUGAGUCCGCUUCCUCUGAUACUGAUUAUUCUGAUUGUGAGUUAAUAGAAGGUUCAGUGCUUCAUGAACAUUGGAAAAAAGCUUCCCAAAAGAGAAAACAUGUUGUUCAUAAUUGUCAGCCGGGUCCAGAGGAUCAAGCUAGUGGAUCUGGAUCUCAUGGUGAUACUGUUGAUGUGGAGAAUAGGUCAGAACAGCAUGCAGAGGCUCCUGUUUGUUCAAGUUCAGAGCAUGGAAAUUAUGAAAAAGAAAGCCCUCCGGACAUGGGAACUCAUGAUGACCACUUUGAUGGUAGUUCUUUUGAGGCCAAAAUGAAAACUUCUUCUGUGGAGUCCAAUCAGAAUGUUGCUAAGGAUAGUUUUCCAUGUGCAAAACCAGGGUCAGCUAAAGAAACAGAAAGCAUACAUAGGAAUGAUGAUUUUCAGCAUGUAAGAGGCAGAGUCCCAGAAGAUCCUCUUAGUUGUAAGUCGCAAGCUGUUCAUAAUGAUGGCAUCUCUGGUUCUGGGAAUGAAGAAGAGCAAAGUCCUGAAGAGCAUUCCUCGCGGUCCACGGAAGAACUAGCUGGGAAACAAUCUAAACAUUUUAUGCAUAAUGAACAAAAGCUCAGGGAUGAAACUUGUUUCUCCGAUUCUUUACCAAGGUUUUACAAUGAUCGAAGAAGCUCUGGGGUAUUGAAUGAAGAGCUUUCCUGCAAGAACCAACAUUCUGGUGAAGUGCUUACUGACCACGGCAGAGUUGAUUUAGGAGGCAAGGACGAUGACUUUCAGAAAGGAUCUAGUUUUGAGGAAAAGGUGAAAUUAGUUCCUGGGCAGCCACUCAAUGAAACACAUGUGGAUUGUGGGAUUUCUGAAGAUGACCUUGGAGCUGUUCCUAGAGAAAGUAAAGUGUCUGUGGAUAAAUCAGAAAUAAGUAAUGAAAAAGAUGUUUCACAGGAGAGAGUGGGGGCAGAUUCUGAGGUGGUAUCUUUCUGCAACACUUCAUCCAACAGAAGUAGUUCUGCAAGUGGGAAUCAAUCAUCUGAAGCAAGGGAGCAGUUAUGUGCUCAAGGUGUUAAUGUUACUCCUGUUCAAAACAAUAUUAUCACUGAUCGUGAAAAGCUCAAGGAAACUGAUGAAUACAAGCAAGCAAUGGAAGAAGAAAUGGAAUCCAGGCGGCAAGUCUUACAAAUUCAGGCAGAAGAGGCACAGAGAUUGCGUAAGAGGAAAAAAGCUGAAAGCAUGCGCUUAUUGGACAUGCAGAGAAGGCAAAAGCAACGCGUGGAAGAAGUUAGAGAAACUCAAAAGAAGGAUGAAGAAAAUUUGAACAUGAAAGAGAAACUUCGUGCUGAAGUAAGGAAGGAACUCAACAGAUUGGAAUCGUCAUGCAAUAGCAUGGCUUCUUUGCUUCGCGGCUUGGGAAUACAAGUGGGGUCAGGUGUGCAUCCUUUGCCACAGGAGGUGCAUGCAGCUUAUAAACGGGCAUUAUUGAAAUUUCACCCUGAUCGGGCAUCAAGAACUGACAUCCGCCAGAUGGUUGAAGCUGAGGAAAAAUUUAAGCUUAUAUCUCGCAUGAAGGAGAAACUUAUAUCAACUACGUGGUUCUGAACACAAGUUAUGAUUUUGUUUCAACUUACUGGUUUCUAACUGCAGGAGCUAAAGGUAUUUUUUUUUUUGGCUGUGGAUGCAUUUGCCACAAGUUGUCAGUGCACUUGGCAUUUUUGAGCCCGAUUUGAUGAAUAUCCAUUGUAAAACAGUUGUAGUUAGCCAAAGGAAAUCAUUGAUUCAAAUUUGAGAAUGUUAACCCGA